AUGAAAUCAGUACCUGCUAUGCAAUUGGCUCAGGAUAAAUUAUGUUUAUACCAUUACCAGAUGCCUGGAAAUUAUUGCCGGGAAUUUUCUCAAAUGCCAUCGGAUCCGACAAAAUUGGCCAUCCUAGCUGAUUUUGGUAAUUUUCAAAUCUAUGGUAUCUUGGUCAUUUAUUUGCCAUCAUUUAUAAUGGCCCUGUUUAUUGGAUCAUGGUCAGAUAAAUAUUUAUCGGCCAAAAAAUUGAUCAUGAUCAAUUCGGCAAUUGCUAUUAUCCUUGAAUCAAUUAUAUUGAUUUUAUGCGAUUAUUUUGCUGAAUCAUCAAUUUAUUUGAUGCUAUUAAUCGGUUUACCAAAUCUAAUAUCUGGCGGUUUGAUGGGCUCAUUGGGCGCCUGCUGGACAUAUCUGGUCACUACAACACCCGGCCAUAUGCGGGCUAUGCGUAUAACAGUUGCCGAAGUUAUUAUGGGAUUGUCCGGUCCACUUGGCUCAUACCUGGGCGGCUACAUAAUAAACACCCCGACCUGGCUAUCAUCGGGUGUCGACCACCAGUUACACAACUCGACUGCCGUAUUCAUCAUCGAUGGCCUGGUCUAUGGCCUAUCAAUCCUAUGGAUCUGGUGGGCCAUUGACGAGGCCCGUGACAUACGUAACUGGGAACUGGAGUUUGGCCUGCCGUACGAAUCGGACGGCCUGACAGUCGACCAACGAGUAGCCGGGAAACUUGAAAACUAUGAUAAGCACCGGGAGUCGGGCCAUAGUCCUGUACGCUUGCUAUUUACAUGGUCUAACCUGAAAAAUAUAUGGCAUACAUGUGCGAAAUCAAGGCCUAACUAUGUCCGAUUGCAAAUUUGGCUACUGUUCCUGGCUAAUCUAUGCUAUAUGAUUGUCAAAUCAGGACCCGUAGCCUAUUUGAUGCCAUUUACCCAAACGGUUUACAAAUGGGAUUCAAGCCAGUAUAGUACUGGGGUAGCCAUUACUAAUCUGUCCGAAACGGUUGUACAGUUGCUGGCAUCGCCAGUAUUGAUUAUGGUGCUCAAACUCAAAGAUACUACAGUAUCGGCACUGGGAAUGGCAUCGUAUGGCAUCCAGAAUCUGGUCCGCGGUCUAGUCCUAACUCCGGACGGCUUUUACUAUUCAAUAAUUGCCGGCUGUUUGGGUAGUAUAGCAUCGGUUGGUUUGCGAUCGCAUUUCUCACGUAUACUCAAACCCCGUGAAUUGGGUGCACUGUUCAGCUGUUUUACAUGUAUUGAAGGACUGACACCCAUAGUGGCCGGUGUUAUAUUCAACGAAAUAUUCAAACAUACUGUCCAAACUGGUUGGCCGGGUUGUAUGUUACUGGUAGCUGCAGGCAUACAGAAUCUGGUCCGCGGUCUAGUCCUAACACCCGACGGUUUUUACUAUUCAAUAAUUGCCGGCUGUUUUUGGGUUAGUAUAGCAUCGGUUGGUUUGCGAUCGCAUUUCUCCCGUAUACUCAAACCCCAGUGA